UUUUUUUUUUGUUUUAGAAAUAUACGUAAAUAUCUUCAUCCAUUAUUUAACAUGGGGAUCAUAUUUAGUGGAUUAUGGAACAAACUUUUCUCUAAAGCAGAAGUCAAGAUUAUUAUUGUUGGAUUGGAUAAUGCUGGGAAAACGACUAUUUUAUAUAAAUUACUCAUGGAUCAAGUGGUAACGACAACACCAACUAUUGGAAGCAAUGUAGAAGAGAUUCAAUAUAAGAAUAUCAAAUUCAUGAUGUGGGAUAUUGGAGGUCAAGAAUCUUUACGAACAUCUUGGAAAACUUAUUUUGUGGAUACAAAGGCGGUGAUCAUGGUGAUUGAUAGUACAGAUACCAAUCGACUACAUAUUGCAAAACAAGAAUUACAUCAAAUGAUGGAAAGUGAUCAAUUACAAAACGCCAGUCUACUCGUUUUUGCCAACAAACAAGAUGUGAAAGGGGCGUUAUCAGCAGCGAAAAUCUCAGAGGUACUCGGACUUAGUAGUUUGAAGGACAAACAAUGGCAUAUUCAGGCAUGCUCUGCACUUUCUGGUGAUGGAUUAUUCGAAGGGUUGGAUUGGGUUGUUCUUCAAAUUUCUGGAUCAUGAAAUGGUUUUUUUUUUUUUUUU